GGGUGGGGUCGUGGAAUAUAUAUGAGAACACGACGUCAGGUUGUCAUCAGUUAAGCAUCGUUCAAUCCUCUUGAUCCUCUUGACCAGUAAGAAGCCAUGGCCUCCCUUGAGUGCGUCCUUCUCUUGGCUAGUCUCGUAGCCCUGAGCAACGCCGCCGUGAUCCCAGCAGCGGCGCCACUAGCGGCUGUCGCACCUGCAGCGCCAGUCCUGGCGAAGAUCGAGGACUUCGAUGCAGCACCUCAGUACAGCUUUGCCUACGACGUGCAAGACGCACUUACCGGAGACUCUAAGGCCCAGUACGAAAGCCGUAACGGAGACGUCGUUCAGGGCAGCUACUCGCUAAUCGAGGCUGACGGCACCAGACGCAUCGUUGACUACACUGCUGAUCCUGUCAACGGAUUCAACGCAGUCGUCAGCAGGGAACCUGCAGUCGCUGUUGCUGCUGCACCUGUAGUUGCCAGAGCUGUUGCUCCAGUUGCCCCUGUUGCUGCCCGCAUCGCCGCUCCAGUUGCCGCUGUCGCCCCUGUAGCUGCUCGUCUGGCUGCUCCAGUAGCUCCAGUAGCCCCUGUAGCUGCCAGAGCAGUAGCUGCUGCACCUGUACUGACUGGAGUCCCAGUAGCCAGAGCUGUCGCUUCCCCCGUAGGUCUCCCUGUAGCCAGCAAUCUCUCAGGUUACCUGAGGGUCGCACCGGAUCUUUCAGCGCUCGCAGCGCCUCUCACCUACGCAGCAGCUGGAUACGUAGUCUAAUUAAUGUCGACUCUUAAUUUGGUUUUCUUUAUCAUUUCCCAUAAAAAACAAUCGUAAUCAAAG